AGAACUCAAAGAAGCGAAAAAUUCCGAGUUGUCUUGAACCCGGAAGAACCUGGAUAGGAACAUGUGGAAUAUAUCCAGUAUAUAUAUAUAUAUAUAUAUAUAUAAAGAACAUGUGUCCCCUUCAUCAUUCACUCGUUUAAUUUAGUUUAGUUUAGUUUCCGGUUGUUUAGAUGACAUCAAACUAUUUGGAGCGAUCUGACACAGCGGUGGAGAAGGGCAGGAAAUGACGUAAAGACAAGGAACCAACGAGAACUAAAACUAUUAAGUGUUUAUCGAAGGAUGGAUCCGACCAGAAGUAACUAAAGAUACCUACAAAGUCUUAAUCUGAGGAUGGAUCCCGACCAGGGUGACGGACCUGGGGUCGGGGUGCUGGAGGGGGACCAGGGUGAAGAACCGGGGGUCGGGGGGCUGGAGGAGGACGGAGCGGCGGCACCGCAGCCCCCCGCGGGGAGCGACGGGCCGGAGUCCUGUCUGGAUCAUUCAGAUUCAGACGCUCAUGAAUUCGUAACAUUCAGACCAUCGUCUCUUCCAGAGCAGCAUUAUGACCCCAGCACCUCGGAGCCGGUCAGCAGCGGCCUGCGGACGCUCUCCGAGCUGCUGUCUUGGGGGCGGGGGUCUGCCAGCCCCCUGGACGUGGCCACCGUGCCUCUCGCUGCACGGGACCCCCCGCUGGCGACCAGCGGCCACCGCACCCUGGUGUCACAUGACAUGAUGGGGGGUUACCUUGACGACAGGUUCGUCCAGGGGACGGAGUCGGAGGCGCCCUAUGCCUUCUACCACUGGCAGCACAUCGACAUCUUCAACUACUUCACCCACAACCUGGUGACCGUCCCGCCGGCCGUGUGGAUCAACGCGGCUCAUCGGCACGGGGUCCUGGUGAUGGGGACGUUCAUCACUGAGUGGACGGAAGGCGCCGCGGUGUGUGAGGCGUUCCUCACCGGUGAAGAGUCGUACCGGCAGGUCGCCGACCGGCUGGUUCAGAUCAGCCACUACCACGGCUUCGACGGCUGGCUGGUGAACAUCGAGAACAGCCUCAGUGAAGCGGCCGUGAGGAACACGCCUCUCUUCCUGCACUACCUGACGGACCAGAUGCACCUGCGGCGGCCCGGCAGCCUGGUGAUCUGGUACGACAGCGUGCUGGAGGACGGGAAGCUGGAGUGGCAGAACGAGCUGAACGCGCGCAACAGGAUGUUUUUUGAUGCCUGUGACGGUUUGUUCACCAACUACAACUGGACAGAGAGCAGCCUAGAGGCCAUGGGCUCCAUGGCUGUUGAGGACGCCGCCCUCGGGGGCCGGCGGGCCGACGUGUACGUGGGGGUGGACGUCUUCGCCAGGGGGGAGGUGGUCGGGGGCAUGCUGGACACCAACAAGGCGCUAAAACUCAUUCGGAAACACAACUUCUCAGCGGCCAUCUUCGCCCCAGGCUGGGUGUACGAGACUAUUCCUGAUAAGACCAGCUUCCGCCUCCACCAGGACAAGUUCUGGGCGCUGCUGUCGGACUGGCUGGAGCCCCAUCGUUCCACCACAACGCUCCCCUUCGUCUCAUCCUUCUGUCAGGGCUUUGGGAAGGCCCUCUACUGGAGGGGCCAGCUGGAGAAGAGGGGCGGCUGGUUCAACCUCAGCGCCCAGGAGCUGCAGCCGCUGUACGGCCAGGAGGCCCUGAGGGCGAGGGCCCCCCCGGAGGAGGAGGGCGGGGGGCUGAGGGCGAGGGGCUGCCCGGAGGAGGCCUGGAGCGGGGGCAGCUCCCUGCUACUGGAGGGGCAGCUGGCUGCCGCCGAGCCCCCUGGGGUCGGGUUCAGGGUCUUCUCCCUCCAGCUCCCUCUCCCCCCCGUCUCCCUGGUGACGCUGUUCUUCAAGGCUUCAGCCGGAGUCAGCGUCUCACCGGAGUUACGCUGGAUUAAAGACAAAACGAUAGAGGUCACAGGUCGCCCUGCGGCCCUGGAGGACUCGGACCCCGUGGUCAGGACCCUGGACCGGCUCAGCGGAGGCUGGGGCCGCGGCGGAUGGACCGUCCGGUGCUACCGUCUGGAGCUCCAGGACUGUGAGCUGAGAGAGGUCCUGGUCUGGGUGCAGCGGGAGCAGCCCCACGACGUGGCCUUCUCCUGCCGCCUGGGGGAGGUGAUGGUCCUGGACCAGGCCGGCCUUCAGGCCCCCCGCGAGGCGGUCCAGGGGGUCUGCAUCGAGGACGUGGUGUGGCGCCGGGCCCCCGGCGGCCCCUCGGGCCCCGGCGCCCUGCGCCUCAGCGCCACGCUGCGCUGGAGCUUCCCCCCCCGGCUCUGGCGCUACUUCCGCCUGUCGUGGCGGCGGCUGAGGGGCCCGGGGCCCCGCGCCCAGGCCGGGCCCCCGGUGCCGCUGGGCCGGGCGUACUCCACCCUGUUCCGCCUGACGGAGCUGGAGGUCCCGGGGCCCCCCGCCAGGGUGGAGCUGAGGGUGGAACCCGUCCUGAAGGAGGGCCUCCUGGUCCCGGAGGCCCUCUGGGGCCGGAGGAGCCUGAGCUACUCAGGACCAGUGGAGACCAGUGGAGACCAGUAGACACAAGUGGAGACCAGUAGACACCAGUAGACACAAGUGGAGACCAGUAGACACCAGUAGACACAAGUGGAGACCAGUAGACACCAGUGGAGACCAGUAGACACCAGUGGAGACCAGUGGACGUCUAACCCGACCUGGAGGACCAGUGGAUAAUGAACCCAGCCCCAGAAGAGGACAGUUCAGGGACA